GGAAGUGACGCCAUAACCAAGCGCGCGUAGCGGCUAAGCUGCGCUGAACGUCUCUGGCUGAAGUACCGUUAGCUAUGAAUUAAGUUGUAUUUGUGAAAGAUUUGUCAGGUUUAUCAGAGUAAACAUGGCAGCUAAACGUAAAUCCGACGUGACGGUUCCCGCGGAGGAAAGUGACCAACUGCUCAUCCGCCCGCUGGGAGCAGGACAAGAGGUGGGACGAUCCUGCAUCAUCCUGGAGUUCAAGGGACGAAAGAUUAUGUUGGACUGUGGGAUCCAUCCUGGUCUGGACGGAAUGGACGCUCUGCCGUACAUCGACCUGAUCGAUCCGGCUGAAAUCGACCUGCUGCUCAUCAGCCACUUCCACCUGGACCACUGUGGAGCUCUGCCCUGGUUCCUGCAGAAGACCAGCUUCAAAGGACGCACCUUCAUGACUCACGCCACCAAGGCCAUCUACCGCUGGCUGCUGUCCGACUACGUCAAAGUCAGUAACAUCUCAGCAGACGACAUGUUGUACACCGAGACGGACCUGGAGGAGAGCAUGGAGAAGAUCGAGACCAUCAACUUCCACGAGGUGAAGGAAGUGGCCGGCAUCAAGUUCUGGUGUUACCACGCCGGUCACGUCCUCGGAGCCGCCAUGUUCAUGAUCGAGAUCGCCGGAGUCAAGUUGUUGUACACAGGAGAUUUCUCUCGUCAGGAGGACCGACAUCUGAUGGCGGCAGAGAUCCCCAGCGUCAAACCGGACAUCCUCAUCACUGAGUCCACCUACGGGACUCACAUCCACGAGAAGCGAGAGGAGAGGGAGGCUCGUUUCUGUAACACCGUCCAUGACAUCGUGAACAGGGAGGGCCGCUGUCUGAUCCCCGUCUUCGCUCUGGGACGAGCCCAGGAGCUGCUGCUCAUCCUGGACGAGUACUGGCAGAACCACCCGGAGCUGCACGACAUCCCCAUCUACUACGCCUCGUCUCUGGCCAGGAAGUGCAUGGCCGUCUACCAGACCUACAUCAACGCCAUGAACGACAAGAUCCGCAAGGCCAUCAACAUCAACAACCCCUUCGUCUUCAAGCACAUCAGCAACCUCAAGAGCAUGGACCACUUCGACGACAUCGGCCCCAGCGUGGUGAUGGCGUCCCCCGGCAUGAUGCAGAGCGGUCUGUCCAGAGAGCUGUUCGAGAGCUGGUGCACCGACAAGAGGAACGGAGUCAUCAUCGCUGGAUACUGUGUGGAGGGGACGCUCGCCAAGCACAUCAUGACGGAGCCGGAUGAGAUCGCCACCAUGUCCGGUCAGAAGCUUCCUCUGAAGAUGUCCGUGGACUACAUCUCCUUCUCUGCUCACACCGACUACCAGCAGACCAGCGAGUUCAUCAGAGCGCUCAAACCUCCUCACGUGAUUCUGGUCCACGGCGAGCAGAACGAGAUGGCCCGUCUGAAAGCAGCUCUGAUCCGCGAGUACGAAGACAACGACGAGGUCGACAUCGAAGUCCACAACCCGCGAAACACCGAGGCCGUCACGCUGAACUUCAGAGGAGAGAAACUGGCAAAGGUGAUGGGCUCUCUGACUGACAGGAAGUGUGUUCAGGGUCAGAGGGUCUCCGGGAUCCUCAUCAAAAGAAACUUCAACUAUCACAUCGUGACGCCCUCCGACCUCUCCAACUACACAGAUCUGUGUAUGAGCACAGUGACGCAGACUCAGGCCAUCCCGUACACCGGACCCAUCUCCCUGCUGGUCAGCCAGCUACGCAGCCUCGCAGGAGACGUGGAGCAGGUGGAGGAUGCGAAGAAGAUCACCGUCAGGAUCUUUAAGAGCAUCACUCUGGUUCAUGAGGCCGGCAUGGUGCUGCUGGAGUGGACCGCCAACCCGCUCAACGACAUGUACGCUGAUGCCGUCACUACGGUGGUCCUGGAGGUCCAAUCCAACCCCAACGCCCAGAAAUUUCUUGAAGGCAAGAGAGAAACGUUUGACAUGGAGGUGUUUGUAGAGAGACUGGAGCUCAUGCUGCACGACAUGUUUGGAGACGACUGCGUUGACUUCAAAGACGGUAAAAACCUGAGCGUAACGGUGGACGGAGUCACCGCGUUCAUCGACCCAGAAACCAGAUCGGUGGCGUGUGCAGAGGACGAGACUCUGAGGGAGAUGGUGGAGGUCGCUGUCCACCGGCUCUACGACGCCCUCAGCCCCACCUGUGACGUCACCAGCAGGGGGCGGCGGUCACCUGUCGGCGACACCUGUCCUCAGUGAUGCAGUUUUAAUCUGUCCUCAGGGAGCUGAAGGUGGACUGACGAGGACAGUUUGAUGUGAAACACGCUAACAAAGACAAACUCUUUGUUUAAAACCGAUUCCAAAGGAAUCCGCUUCAGGAGACGGACCGGCGGUCCGGUGGUUUUUCUACUUGUUUUUGUGAUUCGUCUAUAAAACGGACGUCAUGUUAAAAUAAUUUCUUCACGAGGAAAAUAAACGUUUGUCCAGUCAGA